AUGUCAUACAAGCGUUCAAGAGACAAUUUCGAGUCCGACCAGCUUCCUCAAUUUGCCCUCUUCGGCACACCGCUACCGCCUCUGGACUCGGAUACCCGCGACGAUGGCUCCUAUGCUCCUGUGUGGAAGCAAGAUGCCCGCGAUGAGCAGGGUCGAAAGCGCUUCCACGGUGCUUUCACCGGAGGCUACAGCGCUGGUUACUUCAACACCGUAGGCUCAAAAGAAGGCUGGGCUCCCUCGACCUUUACCUCAUCGCGUACGAACCGCCGCAAAGAUGCCCAAGUCGCCCGCCCCGAAGACUUCAUGGAUGACGAAGACCGCGCUGCUGCAGCAGAAGCUCAGAAACUCCAAACCCAGGGCGACUUUGCUGGCUUGGGCUCCACUACCCAGGAUCAGGCCCGCCGCGGCUUGGUGAGCGAUCUGUUCACACCGGCAGGAGAAACAAUUGGUGUAAAGCUUCUGCAGAAGAUGGGCUGGAGACAAGGACAGGGCGUUGGGCCUAAGGUCAGGAGGAAAGCUCGCACUGAGGAUACUGCUGGCUCUGCUCCUAGCGACGAGACACACCUCUUCGCCCCCGAAAACUCCCGCAUGGUAGCCUUCAACCGGAAGAAAGAUCGCUUCGGUCUGGGUUACUCUGCCGGAGAACGUUUGGGCCAGACCAGAACCAUCGUGCAACAGGAUGACCAAGACGAAGAUGAGUCUGAGAAUCUUGGCCGACUUAUCAAACCAAAGUUCAAGGCAAAGCGAAGCGGAUUUGGUGUCGGCGUCUUGAACGACACUGGCUCGGACGAGGAGGAUCCUUACGACAUGGGGCCCAAGAUAUCUUACAAUCGUAUCAUCGGCGGUGAUCGGAAGAAGAAGAAAGGUGGCAUCCUUGCAACCAAUGCCAAUCCUACCUUGAGAGGCCUGAAAACGCCAACCUUCUUGUCUAAAAAGCUGGGUCAGAAAAACAGCAAUGGUUUCAGAAAAUGCCAUGAUGGCCGUCUUCCACUCGACGGCUUCGUACUAGCUUCAUCUCUGUUACUGAACAUCCAAGACAACAAACAUCCGCCUCCUAAAGUUCCUGAAGGAUGGGAGCCGAAGAAGGCUACUUCUGCGACCAAUCAUGACUCAUCGUCUCAUCAAUCUACAGCCGAUGCUGCUCGAGCCUCUACUAUGGAUCCAGCCAAAAGAGCAGCUGCUCUCGGUGAGCAACAGCUUCCUGGCAAGUCCAUUUUUGAUUUCAUGAGCAAAGAAGCACGUGAUAGGCUCGUCACGGCGACAGGCAGAUCAAAUCUUCCAAUGGCACGUGGAGAAGCCGCCCCUGAAGGAUGGCAAAGAUCAGACGUCGACAAACAGAGGUCUUUGUGGGACUUGGUACCAAAGCUGGACAGUACAGUAGCAGCCUCGGCCUUGCAACGUGGCACGAGUGGUUGGAUGCCCUAUGCUGAAGAUGAGGCCAAACGAGCCCGCUAUCGCUCAUUCCUUGAGUCUUGUAGCGGACAACGCGACGCAUUGCCUGAACGUGUCAAGGGUUCGACGAUUGAUGAGUGGACGAAAGAGAUGCGUGAGUUCGCACAAGCGGCCGAGGUCUUUAAACCAAUCUCAGGCCUCAUGGCAUCCCGCUUCACCAGCUCGUCUUCAGCUCCUCGAUUAGCGACAGACAUAUUGCCCUCGAGCUCUGAACGACCUACCAAAUCCGAAGAUCCUGCAGAAGCCGCUGCGAAGAUUGGCAUGUUUGGCCCCAUGACCCGCAUUCGUGUUCAAUUUUACCCUACUCGUCUACUCUGCAAACGGUUCAAUGUCAAGGCACCGGCUCACGCUGAUCCAGGCAAUGGCCAAGGCGAUGAUAUUGCAGUCUCAGACAGCAGACUUGAUGUAGUGUCGCAGAACAAGAUGGAUCAGAUGAUGCGCGAGAUAUGGUCACAGCCGACAAAUGCCUCUACGACGAGUGACGUGACUCCUUCAGCACAGUCAGUCCAAUCUCAAGUCAGACAACAGGUAGAUGUCGAGGUCAAUGAGGCCAUUGAAGCACAAAGACCUGGAGACGAUGUCUUUAAAGCAAUCUUUGGCAGUGAUAGCGAAGACGAAUAG